AUGGUCAUGUUCCAGAUUACAACACUGCCAAGAUCGAGGCCAGCAGAUUUGGCGACGUUCCCAGGACUGGUGCAGCUGGAAGCGUCGCUUCAUCCAGCAGUUCUACGAGCGACUGAGAAGCAUCCGAAGGACAUGGACAGAAAGAAGAAAUCGAGUCAUCAGCUUCGAAAGGAGUUGGAAAUGACUACAGCACUGAAGACAGCCAUGGAAAGCAUCAAGAAGGAGUUGCAGCAGAACGAGGCAGAGAGCAAGGGAGAGAAUGGGCUCAGCGCUGGUGGCCUGAAGAAGUUCCACCUGCGCAAUGUCUUGGAUCGUCCAGACUCCCCGAGGGAGAAGAACGAUGUUUUGCCGGAAGAGGAGGAACAGGAAUCUGCUGUACUGCUUCUCCAGCGCAUUAUUCGUGGCCGAGCGUUUCAGAAUCUCAUGUUUGAAGGGAAAGAAAAGCGUCUUGACCUCAUCAACGAGCUACGCGCAGCUGAGCGGUUCGCCGAAACCGCCACGCGGGUGGAAGAGAAGAGGUAUAUUGACCAGCUUAGAGACAAAGCCUUCGAAGGGGUUCUGGAGUCCGUGCAGGGCAGUAUCAUCUCCCAAACCUUGGACCAGGUGUCGAAGGAGCUCUUGCGCUUCCAGGAAGAACGUCGUAUCGCUGCCAUGGUGAAGUUGGCGGAACGAGACCGUCAGGAUCGACAGGCCAUGGAGAGCGGGCGUCGUCAAGCCGAAGAGCGACUCCGAGCUCGGGAGGAUGAGAUGUUCCGCCAAAUCAUGGGCGUCCACCAGGGAACUGUGGACUCCUAUUUGGAGGAAGUCCUCACCAGCACAGUCGAGGAGGCCGCUCAGACGCAGGCACUCACCGAAGCUCGGCUCAAGGCGGCCUAUGUCAAUCAGGUGGUAGACAUGCUGGAGGCCUCUGCGCAGGAGCCGGAUGUGGUUGUCCGACAGCUGGUGCAUAACUGGAACCUGCCACAUGUGCGAAGGGAGGCGCGGGGAAGUGCCGUGCAUGCAGGGCCACGUCACACAUGGGAUCAUCCUGACGGCAAAAGCUCUCACCUCAUUGAUUUUGUCAUGCUCCCUGCGGGACAACUCAGUGCAUGUGUUCAUUCGCAAUUGCUGGAACACCUGGACUUGGCAAAUCUUACUGCUGAUCACACAGCUACGGGUAUUGAGUUGUCAUGGUGGACUACCCAGUGUCGCAACCCUGUCCCCAAGCCGGGAGGGCAUUGCAACUUUGACAGGAAUCAGAUUGACAAGCACAACCUGAGCACCACCUUGUGCAACUUUCAGGUGGCGGCUUGGAAUAUCGAUGUUGAGACACAGAAUGAAGCUUUGACCACACACAUUCAUGCAACCUUGCAGAAGCACUGCCAAAAAGAUCGCAAGCGGCCUAAGAAAGAGUACGUCUCCAAGGUGGCUUGGGACCUCAGAAGACAGAAACUUUUUCAUCGCAAACAGCUGAAAACAACCAGGGCCCUUUUGGCGCGUGAAGCGACUGCGAGAGUCUUCAAGGCAUGGAAAGGAGCAGACCCAUUAGGAGGUGAUCAGUCAUUUGCCUACGGCACGACCCUGCGAUGUUGCCUCUUCAAACACUUCGUGAGUUUUCGUGCCAUUUCUUGGGGAUUGAAGAGACACCUUGCGAGCGACAAGGCAAGACAGGUGCAGGAGGUUUUGGGUACCAUUGAUGCAUCGACAGCGGCCUCAGAAAUUCAGCACAAGAUGAAGGGCUUCAUGGGGAGCUCCAACAAACUCCGUCAGGGACUUGCUCCACUUCCUGCUGUGCGAAAUGCUGAUGGUGCACCUUGCAAUUCUGCCCCAGAGGCCCUGAACAGGUGGAUCCAGUUUUUCGCUGAGAUGGAAGGAGGGAGGAGAGUCUCACCUCAAGAACUUCACAGAGAUUGGGUGCUAUCAAUUGCAAGUCUCAGUGAUGCUCAAUGCAGUAUGGAGAUCUCGGAGAUUCCGAGCCUUUGUCAAUUAGAGGCUGCGUGUCGCAGAGUCAAGGCUGGAAAGGCUGAUGGCCCUGAUCGCGUGCCCUCUGAACUCUGCAAGUAUUACCCCAAAGAGGUUGCCAAGAUGCUCUAUGGGUUAUUGCUGAAGUUGGUUACUCAUGGCCAUGAACCACUCCUUCAUAAAGGUGGCCUCGUCAUGCCAAUUUGGAAGGGAAAGUUGGCCAAAGAUACAUGUGAAGCAUUCCGGUCGAUCCUUCUUUCUUCCAAUCUGGGUAAAGUGAUCCAUCGUACGCUCAGAGUCCAUCAAAGAAGUUUUUAUGAAGCCUUCCUUCAUGCCCAACAACUGGGAGGCCGUCAAAAGGUACCCGUGACCUUGGGAGCCCAUUUGACCAGAGCGUUUCUACGAUGGCACCGUGACCAAGGCCACCCAACGGCAGUUUUGUUCGUGGAUUUACAGGAAGCCUUCUAUCGAGUUCUUCGCCAGCUGGCGAUGCCAGGUGAUUUCAGCGAUCAAGAACUUGCACAGCUGGCAGCCAGACUUGGCCUUGAUCAAGAUGUUUUACACGACCUCUGGAAUCACCUCCAGGAACCACACUCUUUGGUCCUUGCUGGAUUGCCUCGCUCAGCUCAGAGGGUCAUUCAGGCCCUACAUUCAAACACACACUUUCAGCUGCCGAAUCAAGAGGAUUAUGUUGCCACUACAAUGGGCACACGCCCUGGUGAUGCGUACGCUGAUGUGGUGUUUGGUUUUCUUCUGGCUCGCGUCCUACGUGAAUUUGAACAAAAGCUUGCUCAGGCUGAUGUUCUUUCUGAAGUACCUGUGCAAGCGGGCCCAGCACUCUUUGAUGUGAACCAAACACAAGAGCCAUCCGCCCAACGUUUCCUUGGGCCAGUUUGGAUGGAUGACAUGGCCUUAUGCCUUUGGAGUGACACCAAUGAAGGACUUCGACGGAAGAUUGGUGCACGCAAUGCACGGCAUGCCUCCGGGAAUAUCACACAGUGGCGCAAGUCCAGUCGCACCUUCUUCGGAGCAGUGCUUGCCGGGCUUAUCUGCUUCAUCAUCGCCUUCGAGGACCGGCCCUUCCAGGCAUUGGCUCCAGGGAAGACGCGGAGAGGAGGGCAAGAUCUUUCACAGAUUGACUGGGACUUACAUGAUGCGCUUGCACUGGCGAUCCUGGAUGAACAGCAGCAAUUAGUGGAUGAGAAUCUCCUUGAGAGGAUGAAGCAAAUCAUUCUGCAGCACGAGAUUGCUUGGACGCAUUGCAAAGCGACCCUAUGGGAACUUAUGCAUACCGUUCAGGAGGAGCAACAGGGAUGGGAGCUCUUGUCCAAAGAGAAGGUUUUGCAACUUAUCCGUACGCUGACACAGGUUGAGACAUGGCCAUUUCUUGCAUUAUCCAGAGAGGCAAAGGCUUCUGCCUCUCCGGUUUUGGAAGAUCUUGAACGAGAUUGCCAGGUCGAUUCGCUUUGCAUGCCUCAGAUGUCCGAGAUCAACAUCCAUCGACGGGGACCGCGACCAGUUCGCUCUGCAGAGGAGCUAUGGGGACUUGGGUCCUUGAGCUUGCGCGAAGUGGAGCAAGUGAGUGUGGGCAACCACUUACUAUGCUUCUCACUGGAAAUGCUUUUUCGCUUGGCAAUCGUCGGCGGGUUUGGAGUCCUCGAGCAUCCCGAGAUGCCGGAUGAGGAGGUGAUGCCAUCGAUAUGGCGAUUGGGAGUCAUGCAAUGGCUUUUGCAAAUGCCGGGUGUGCAAUCAUUUGGUUUUUGCCAGGGCUUGCUUGGAGCUCCCACACCCAAACCAACCAGACUGCUCGUCCUCAACAUGCCGGAGCUCAUGCGCGAACUCCGCAAGCAUCACCUGUCCACAGACUUGCCACGCCGUGCGGCAAUUGGUAAAGAUGAGGAAGGAUGCUGGCGUACAGGGGUGCUCAAAGAGUACCCACCAGCAAUGAGUAGAGCUCUUGCUGUACAAUUUUGCAGAUCGCUAGAGGCCUGUCCCUUCGAUGCAUCGGUUCAGCUCAGCGAUCCUUUUGUGCAGAAAUGCAUGGCUAUGGAUUCAAAGGAAUAUAGCCACACCAUUGGCCGGGACUUUGCCCAAUAG